AUGUCACGCCAGGCAAGGACCCGUUCUGAACGACCAGAGCAGAUUCUCGGGGAGAGAGAGCCUCCGUGCACCCAGACCCAGAGAUAUCAGUGUCCUACUAAGCUCUUAAUGCAUCCACAGUCCCAAGCUGCUGAGGAAAAACCGAAACCAUUGGAUAUGAAGCUCAAGAUCAUUGGGGAUUCAGCGGUCGUCAUGAACACGGUCACGACAGACCCCGAGUACCCUGAGAUCCGUCCUGAGCCGGCAGAAAGGACCCAUUCUGACCGGGGCCCAGAUGUUAAGGCCCCGGAUCCAGAGAAUGUCGAUGGUACCGAGGACAAUGUUCCGGUGGAAAAACCGUCAGUGGAUAUCCAGUCGCAGACGAACUGUUCGACACCGGCCCAACGGCUGGAAGUAGAAUAUGUUCGGGUGAUGCGAGUCUCUGCUGAAGAACUGGGUCUGGAACCUGAUGUAUAUCUCAGGGAAAGAAUUACGAGACCAACUUAUCUUGGUCCCGGAAUUGAAGAAACGACCCCAGAAUGCAACAUCGAUGAAGCUAAUGUCGGGGUUCCAGGUGUCACAACUCCAGAGAUGGAAGCCAAGAUGAAAUGGAUCCUGAAACGCCAUCGCAGCAUCUUCCUGGGAGAUGGCAACGCGGCUCCGGCCCCGGCUAGUGGCGUAGUGUGUGAUAUCGACGUUGGAGAAGCAAAACCUGUGGGUUUACAUUCAAGGCAGAUUGCCGCACCUUUCUUAGUGAAGGUGUUUGAAUUCUUGAAGAAGUUGUUGGAGGCGGAACUCAUUGAGUAUCCAGAGUCAGAGUGGUCAUCACCUAUUGGGAUUGUGCUUGCACCUUUCUUAGUGAAGGUGUUUGAAUUCCUGGAGAAGUUGUUGGAGGCGGAACACAUUGAGUAUCCAGAGUCAGAGUGGUCAUCACCUAUUGGGAUUGUGCUGAAGCAAAACGGCAUAGACAUCCGGAUGUGUAUUGACUACCGACCUCUGAAUUUGAUCAUUAAGCUAUCCCGCUAUCCUCUACCCCUGAUUGAUGAUCUGUUUAAAUCCAUGAUGUGGUUUAUGAGUCUCAACAUGGCGAGUAGAUUCUGGGCGGUGCGGAUGACUGAGCGUGCGAAGUAG